CUUAUCGCCUAUCAGUGGAGUGUGUUUUCUUUAUCAGAGUCCUCCUGCGGACACACAUGCACACUGCAACUCAAGUGUUGGCGGAUUGGAUGUGUGUACAAUAAUAAACUUCAGAGCAGAAAUGAGUGACCAUCUCCUCAACCCACUGACCGUCAUAUGUGCGGGAUCCUGCUUCGCCUUCUCUGGCCUGUUUUAUAAACUAUAUUCAGAUAAAAGACAAGAAGUACAGAAGCUGAAGGAGAUUCCAAACUUUCAAGCAGACCAUCACCUGCUCAGGAUUCUCAAUGCGUCGUCCAACAAGAGACUUCAUUAUGUUGCUGUAGAAGGAUUGGUGCAGGCCAUCGGAGAGCCCAUUUCCAGCCAGUUCGUUCCACGCCGUCAUGGUGUCAUCCAAAAGAUUACUGUGCACGAGCACUGGAAGUACUGGAACUCUGCUCUGAAAACAUGGGUCUCCAAAAAAGUGAACAAGCAGCAGACCACCAACACCGUGCCCUUCAGCUUGGUCCAGCCCGGCGCAUACAUCAGCGAGGUCUCGGUGCGCGUGGAUUCUCCUCUGGAGGCGAGCGGCGAUUACCUGGAGCAGGUGCACAAGCGGCUCAGACAAGCCAAAGAGGGGCUGAUGGACGCAGUCGUGCGAGAGCUGAGCGGGGAGAAGCCUGUGGCCCUAGAGGAGCGAGAGGAGCUGCUGCAUGUGGGAUCGGCCCUCACCGCAUUCGGGGAGCUGGUUCUGGAGCAGGACAAGAUCAUGAGGUUACAGCCGCCCAAAGACGGCCGCAGCUACGUCCUGAUCCCCGGUGAUUACAAGAGCUUCAUACAGCGGCGCGAGAACAGCGCUAACAUGUGGAAAGGCUUGACUGCGCUGUUCGGAAUAACGGGGUUUGCGCUCGUAGCUGGUUUCAUCCAUGGUGCUGUUAAUCAGGAUAAAAAGAACUAGCUGACGGAGUCAUGAUAGUUUUUGAAUAAGAUAAUUAACUUUGAAUGCGUCAUAAAUCAUGGGCAUGAAAACAGCUAUGUAUAAUUUUAUUUUAGAGU